GUACGCUUAUCAUAACACACAGAUAAGAUAGCGGCUACGGGGCCCCACCUACUGGCUCGCUGGCUGACCCUCCGUACGUCGUUUCUUCCGUGUUCGCCUCCGCCGCUUCAAGACGUGGUGAUACGUCGGUGAGCGGUAAAGACAAAAACUGCAAAGAAACAAAAAUUAAAGUGAAAACAAAAACUGAAAAACAAUAGACAUAAAAUAAAAGAAAGAAAAAACUCCAAAAAGAAAGGAAAUAAAAUAAGAACAAAAUCUGCAAAAUCAAAGACUAAAAUUGAAGUGAAAGCAAAAAAUUAGCUGAGACAAAGAUAAAAGACAAAAAAGAAAAAAAAAUUGAGGUAAGGACAAAACAAAAAAAAACAAAAAAAAAAACUACAGACUACAUCCACCCGACUUAAUGUUUGUCUGUGCAUUUCCUCGUCUCAAGUUUGUUAUCUGAUCGUCGCCUCCGUGAGAAGAGCCAAGCCACACACACCUGACCCACCUGUAUUGGCACUCUCUCGCUGAUAACAGGUGAAGAUGCCCGGGGCGGCGACAGCGGCGGCGGCGAGGGACGGCCGGGCCCGCCACCCCCCCCGCCGCGCCGCCUCCUCCGUCAGCAGACUCCCGCGCGACGCCCCCGUGGUGGUGACGAGCUACAUGAAGGUGAGCGCCGACCUGCCUCCCCUGCCCAACCCCUCUCACCUGCCCAGGACGCGCAGUGCCCCGCGCUGCGCCAGGUCCAGGGAGGCGCGGCGUGACAGUUCCGCCACACCCUCCACCUCGGGGGUGUCCUCGACCUCCUCCUCCCCCGUCAGGAGGAACAAGUCCACCGCCUCCUCCGGUAGACUAACCUCGUCCUCGGGAACCCCGUCACCCUCAGACUCGCCCGACCCGAGGACGAUCAUCGAGGAUGACGUGACGUGCGCCAUCUGCCUCGACCUGAUGCACCGGCCGCGGCGCCUCCCCUGCGGCCACUCCUUCUGCCUCUUGUGCCUCCAGAACUACGCCAACACCUGCAGGACGUCGUUCUGCUGCCCCACGUGUCGCGGCGACGUACAGGUGCCCGCCGGGGGCCUCGUGGCGCUGCCGUCCAACACUCGCCUCAAGCGCGGCGCCAACAUUCUGCGGAGGCGGCGCGAGACUGAGCCCAGCGCCAGCACCUGCACCUCCUGCGGCACCGACAGAGACGUGAUGACGUGCGGGCACUGCAGCGAGGGGUGGUGCCAGGCCUGCGGCGCCACGCACGUGCGGCAGGUGCAGCAUGACAUCGCAGAGCUGCGGACGCGGCUGGCCAGCAUGCGGGGCUCCCUAGACUGCCGCGCCGAGGAGGAGGAGGCGCGGUUCACCAAGCUGGAGGAGACCAUCAAGGAGACGGUGGAGGAGCGCGUGUCACGGCUGCUGGAGGAGGGAACCAACUUGGCGGCACAGGUGCAGGAGAUGAGGAAGGAGCGGCAGCAAGACACUCUCACCCUCAGCCAGGAAUUGGAUCACGCCCUCUCCCCCGCCCCCCCCGCGCCCCCCGCCCAGCUGCAGGAGGCCGGGGAGGUGCACGCUAAGCUCCUGAGGCUCCUGAAGCAGACCUCCGCUGACAAGGGCCCGCGUGUCACCCUCGACCAGGCCACCCUCACCCUCAGCACCUCGUCCUCCAGCCCCCGAGCCACCGAGGAGCACCCGCAGGAGGCCAGGGAUGAGGAGGAGGACGAGAGGCACCUACCACCCCAGGACCACAGCCUCAUGUACAGGAGGAAGGGGGCGCUGGCGAGGCUGCGGUGGGGGCGGCACAUGGGGGAGAGGCCGGCGGGGGUCGCAGUCAGCCCCUGGACAUCAGACAUCUUCGUGACGGGGAGCGACACUUGCAGGGUGCAGGUGUUUGACCGCAGCGGGCGCCAGGUGUGCAGCUUCGGGUCUCGCGGUCACGGAGACGGUCAGUUCCUGUGUCCCAUCGGCGUGGCCUUCAGCUUGGUGUCCCAGGAGGUGUUUAUUACAGAUAAGUGGAAACAUUGCAUCCACGUCUACGACACCGAGGGCCACUUCAUCCGGCAGCUGGGCAGGAAGGGCAAGGGAUUCGGCCACUUCUCUGCCCCUGAAGGCAUCUCCACGGACCGACACGGAAACAUCUACGUGGCGGACACCUGUAAUCACCGCGUACAGGUGCUAGACAGUGACGGCGUGUUCCUGAGGGAGCUGGGCGUGGUGUCCUCGGAGACGCUGCAGGACGGGCGCCGCUACACCAAGACGGAGUUCUACGAGCCUACGGGCGUGGCUGCGUCCCUGGAUGGCUCGAGAGUCUAUGUGGCUGACUCAGGCAACCACAGGAUCAAGGUGUUUGACGGGAUUACCGGCGAGCGAGUGUUGAUGUUCGGCACGCGGGGGUUCAACAAGGGCCAGUUCGAGACCCCGGAGUGUGUGGCGGUGGACCCCGAGGGCUUCAUCCUGGUGGGGGACUCGGGCAACGGGCGGGUCCAGGUGUUUAGACCCAACGGGAACUUCAUCAGGUAUCUGGGAACGAGAGUAA